AGAGAGCAGUGCUCGUGCGCAGCGAUCAGACGGCAAGAUGACUUCUCGCGCAGCUCUGUCGUCCCUGCCCACUCCCACUGCCCAGCUUAGGCGGGGCUCUGCUGUCCGCUGCGUCGCUCCAUCUGGCAGGACCGUGAGGAACACCGUCGUCUGUGGGCUGUCUGAGAAUGUGCAGAGCGCUGUGGCAGCGGCAGCAGCCAAUGUCGGCAAGAUGGCUGUCGUCGUUGGUUCUUCCCUGAUGCUUGCGGGGGCGUCGCAGGCCCUGACAUACGACGAGCUCCAGGGCCUGACUUACUUGCAAGUCAAGGGCAGUGGCAUUGCCAACACCUGCCCAGUGUUGGAGGGCGGGUCCUCCAACCUGAAGGACCUAAAGGCCGGGGACUACAACAUCUCAAAGUUCUGCCUGGAGCCCACCUCCUUCACUGUCAAGGAGGAGAGCCAGUUCAAGGGUGGCGACACCGACUUUGUGAAGACCAAGCUGAUGACCCGCCUGACCUACACAUUGGAUGAGAUCUCCGGCAAGUUCAGCGUGGACGGCAGCGGCAACGUGAACUUCAAGGAGGAGGACGGAAUCGACUACGCGCCCGUCACUGUGCAGCUGCCCGGUGGUGAGCGCGUGCCGUUCCUGUUCACCAUCAAGGAGCUCAACGCCAAGGGCUCCCUGGGCGGCUUCGGCGGCGACUUCGUAGUGCCCUCAUACCGCGGCUCCUCCUUCCUCGACCCCAAGGGACGGGGUGGCUCCACCGGGUACGACAACGCUGUCGCUCUGCCCGGCCGAUCUGACUCAGAGGAGCUGGCAAAGGAGAACAACAAGAGCACAGUCGCCCUCAAGGGACAGGCCGUCUUCAGCGUUGCCAAGGUUGACCCCGCCACCGGCGAGAUUGCUGGCGUCUUCGAGUCGAUCCAGCCCUCUGACACAGACCUGGGCUCCAAGGCGCCCAAGGAUGUGAAGAUCACUGGUCUUUGGUACGGCCAGCUCAGCUGAAGUGCCAGACCAGAAUUGGGCAACAGCUUGUCUUCUGUUGUGUGAUGCAAUCCGCAACUAUGGGUUCACUUGUAUUUGGGGCUAGCAGAGUUGUUGCCGGUGAGAAGAAUGCCGGUGAGAAGAAUUGCCUUAUUGAGACCUGAUGGUACAGCUGCAGGGUUGCUGCACUGGCUAAGUUUUGUCAUGUGGCAGCUUUGUCGUGCGCGAGCCGAAAAUUUCCUCCUGAUCGUGGGACACAAUCGUUGUGUGACAUUGUAACAGUAUCGGUGCAGAGUUC